UCCGAAUCUUAUUUUGUAGUUUUGAACGUGUGGCCAUUGUUUGUUUAUCAUUCAUAUACACAAAGAAACUAGUUUGGUUAUUCAAAGUUGAAAGCAAAUGUCUGCUGCUAGAUUAAACCUAUCUGCUUCGUAAUGCUUGCUUCUUGGCAUGGCCCUAUGGGCCAUGAGCGUAUUAUUCUUCAUCCAAGAUCCACUCCUCAUCGAUAUGUUUAUCGGUCAACAUGUCACUGCUACUGUUAUGCAAAAUCACCAAAUACAAAUAAAUCUUUCUUAACUUCCUCAUUUCUGGGGAGAAGAAGGCAGCUGCUUUAUAUCUCAUCAAAGAAUAAUAAUCAUAGACGACAAUUUCAGAGAUUUCGUAUGAAUGCAACACCGGAUGUUGCGGGUGCCAUUGAGGUCAUUAAUGACCUUGGGUUGGAUACUCUCACUUUCUUAGCUGUCACUGUUUUAGUGGUUCCUGCUUUCAAGAUCGUCAAAGCUAGCCCUAUACUUGGUUUCUUCUGCGCGGGAGUUGUGCUCAAUCAGUUUGGGCUGAUUAGAAAUCUUACAGAUGUUAAAGUUCUCUCUGAGUGGGGCAUCCUUUUCUUGCUAUUUGAGAUGGGAUUAGAGCUUUCACUUGCCCGUUUGAAAGCUCUUGCUAAAUUCGCAUUCGGUAUGGGUUUAACUCAGGUUGUUCUGUCUACUCUUGCUUUCACAGCAUUUGAACUCCCACCUAAUGGGGCUAUUGGAACCCGAAUUUUGGAGUUCCUUUUUCACUCAAGACCUGAUUUGGUAAACAUUAGAAGUAUUGAUGAGGCUAUAGUGAUUGGUGCUGCUCUCUCGUUGUCAUCUUCUGCGUUUGUUCUACAGCUUCUUGCAGAGAAAGGUGAGCUACCAACUCGAUUCGGGUCAGCUACACUUGGGAUACUCCUCCUCCAGGAUAUAGCAGUGGUCCCUCUUUUAGUUAUACUUCCAGUGUUGGAAAGCCAGAAUUUAGUGCAAGAAAGUAUUUUACCGAUGCUUGUGAAAGAAAGUUUGAAGGCUUUAGGUGGACUAGGUUUGCUCUCUCUUGGUGGAAAAUUCCUUCUUAGGCGUGUUUUUGAGGUUGUUGCAGAAGCAAGAAGCUCAGAAGCUUUUGUAGCGCUUUGUUUAUUGACAGUUGCUGGAACAUCACUUAUAACUCAGAAAUUAGGCUUUAGCGACACGCUUGGAGCCUUUUUAGCCGGGGCUUUGUUGGCUGAAACAAAUUACAGGACCCAGAUUGAAGCUGACAUAAGGCCUUUUAGGGGGUUACUUCUUGGGUUAUUCUUUGUGACUACCGGAACAUCUAUAGAUACACAGCUACUUCUCCGAGAAUGGCCGAAUGUAUUGUCACUGUUAGCAGGUUUAAUUGUUAUCAAGACACUGAUUAUAACAGCAAUUGGUCCGCGUGUUGGGCUAACUUUGCAAGAGAGUGUGAGGAUAGGAUUGCUUCUUUCUCAAGGUGGUGAAUUUGGAUUUGUUGUUUUUUCUCUUGCAAACAGGCUAGGGGUGUUGCCACUUGAGCUUAACAAGCUUCUUAUAAUCGUUGUUGUGUUGUCAAUGGCGUUGACUCCUUUACUUAACGAUCUUGGACGCAAGGCUGCUGAUUUUAUUGGUGAAAAUGUUGAUGAAGAAGAUAAACCUGCUGAAGUGGUAAAUUUUGAUGCGACGGAUCCAGUUGUUAUCCUUGGGUUUGGACAAAUGAGUCAGGUUCUUGCCAACUUCUUGUCCACUCCACUGGCCAAUGGUAUAGACGGGGAUGCUGGAUGGCCUUUUGUUGCCUUUGAUCUUGAUCCAUCUGUCGUAAAGGCAUCUAGUAAACUUGGUUUCCCAGUCCUGUAUGGAGAUGGAUCGCGUGCUGCUGUUUUACAGUCUGCUGGUAUAUCUUCUCCAAAAGCGGUCAUGGUUAUGUAUGAAGGACGACAGAGGGCAGUUGAAGCUGUUGAAAGGAUUCGCCUUGCAUUCCCUGCAGUACCUAUAUAUGCACGUGCUCAGGACAUCCCACAUCUUUUAGAUCUGAAAGAAGCAGGGGCGACUGAUGCUAUUCUAGAAAACGCAGAGACAAGUUUGCAACUUGGAUCAAAGCUCCUGAAAGGGCUGGGUGUUAUGUCUGAUGAUGUAAACUUUUUAAGUCAAAUUGUUAGAGAUUCGAUGGAGUUGCAAGCUAAAACAAUUGCUGUAGCCAAGGACCCUGAUGUUAUGGAGUCACUACAGGUGAGAGUUGGGGAUUUGGUAUCAACAAGAAAAUCUGGGGCGGUACUCCCAGCCAAGGAAGAAUCAGUGAGAAUCAGCCAAGCGGAGAGAGAUCGCAUCCUAAUGACACAGGAACCACCAAAGCCGAAGCCCAAGCCCCAGUCAAGUGGGGAGGACGGGAGAGGCGUGUUAUAUUGUGAACUUGAUAUGGACAACGAUGUUCCAAACCAACACUAAGUAUGGAAGAUUGAGUUAUGUGUAUAUAUCAUAGGGUUCACUCUGCAUGACACGGAGCCAGAUGAAUGGGGUUUGAAGGAGAAGCCUGCUCAUACAUCUGUAUAUAAUUGAAUUCAGUUUUGACAAGAUUUGAAACAGAUUGCAAGAUGUAAUUUGUUUUUCUGCCUCUAUUUUGUCAUUAUUUAAAGUAGACAUCUGUUUAACUUUCUA